ACCUUGAUUUCUUUGUGUCUAGUCCUUUUGAAUUUGAAAUUUCAGCCAAGAUGACUAAUACAUAUGUUUCUCAAGAAAUUAAAAACUUCAUAGUCAGUAAAAGUAUGGCUUUGUUUGCUUCACAAGUUGCAAGGAUAACGUUCCUUUUUAUCAUAGUUCUUGUGAUUAUGGCCGCUAUAUCGGUGGUUUUGUAUAUUUUCGGACCAGGAGUAUGGGCUGCCGUUGCAGUCAUCGGAGCAAGCGCGGUUGUUAUUGCCGCCUACGUAGUGAUUAUUCGUACACGAAAGAACAGACUUGCGAAUGAUGAAGAGACGGGACUUGAAGAUGAAGGCCUCGAAGACGACUUAGGUCAAAUAUCAGGGUUACCCUUGAGAUUUACUUUCCUUCAACUCAAACUCGCGACCCGAAAUUUUGAAAAUAGGCUCGGAAAUGGUUCGUUCGGUACAGUUUUCGAAGGAACACUCGAAAACGGAAGAAAAAUAGCCGUAAAACGGUUAGAAUCGUUAGGUCAAGGGAAGAAGGAGUUUUUAGCCGAGGUUAAUACUGUCGGAAGCAUCCACCAUCUUAAUUUAGUGACACUAAUCGGAUUCUGUGCAGAAAGUCGACACAGGAUGUUGGUGUAUGAGUUCAUGUGCAACGGAUCUUUAGAAAAAUGGAUUUUUCGAGACGAAAAUGCUCUAGAUUGGCAAACUAGAAAAUCAAUUAUGAUCGGCAUAGCGAAAGGGCUAGCUUAUCUUCAUGAAGAGUGCACAAGAAAAAUAGUUCACUUAGAUAUUAAACCGCAAAACAUUUUAUUAGAUGCAAAUCUACAAGCAAAGAUAUCCGAUUUCGGAAUGUCAACUUUGAUCGAACGCGAUCAAAGUCAAAUUAUGACAGCAAUCCGAGGAACUUUCGGCUAUAUGGCUCCAGAACUAUUGAGCUCUAUCAUAACAAAGAAGGCUGAUGUGUACAGUUUUGGCAUUGUCGUAAUGGAAAUCGUUUGCGGACGAAAAAAUAUUGAUCGAUCCGUUCCCGAAGAUUACAUGUUUUUGCUGUUAACGUUCAUGCGAAAGGCGAAAGACGGUCAAUUGGGCGAUCUGGUUGAUAAAAAAUGUGAGCUGCAGAAAUUAGAAGUGGUGGAGAUGAUGAAAGUUGCAGUUUGGUGUUUGCAAAAUGAUUAUACAGCAAGGCCUUCAAUGUCAAGUGUUGUUAGGGUUUUAGAGAGUGAUAUGAAAGUGGAAGCUGAGUUAGAUUAUAGUAUUAAUUAUCCACCAACUUCCAUGGCCAUUCAAAGGAAGGAUAAAGAAGAUUUCAGAUCUGCAGAUAGUGCUACUGCUUUGCUUCCUUGGUCUUUAUCAGGACCCAGAUGAAAGAAAAAAAAGAUAAGGAGUUAUUGAAAAUUUUGCUCCAGUCAAUUGGCUGUUAUUUUUUUUUUUUUCUGUUUAUGAUCAUUUGAGUUGAAAUUUCAAUCAAAUUAAUUAUUAGAUUUCAUUUCAUGACUAGUGCUGAGUUCUUUUUGCCCCAAUCAA